UGCCUCCCUUGAGCCCUGUCCCGGUGCCCCGUGGGGAGGCUGGGCUUCUCCGCGGGGUCGCAUCACAAGCGGCCUCUGGCGUGUGUGCUGCGGGGCAGCCACCGCCUCACCCCGUUCCCUUCACUCCCUGUUGCUCAUCCCGCCGCCCGCGGCCCUGGGCUUGGGCUCCGGCCCCCUCGCCCCUUCCGGGCUUGUGCUUCGCUGUCUGUGCUCGGAGCGGUGUAAGGGCCGCUGCGGGCCGGCCCUCCAGGGGUGCUGCUGCUGGCGGGGCGUCUCGCUGGCUUUCUGUAGCUCCCAGCGAUCGGAAGCGGCCCCGUGCUCAAGCCGGCCGUGUCGCGGGCCCAACAGGGCCCAGCUGCAGCAGCGCUCCCUCGCAUCUUCCUUCAGCGAUGUGAAAACUCCUUAGCAGUAGCUUACUUUGACUGUUAAGACUUAUUUUGAAGAAUAUUAGUCUAAGAAAUCAUUCUCUUAUCCACCAGUUAUUCUCAUGUUGGCCCAGUUUAUAGUUGGGAGUAUUUAUGUGGGUGUUCUUUAUAGCUCACCUGCUCACUGCAUGCAGACUAUGUAAACUCUCAACGUUGUGGUAAAAAUACUAGUCUAGUGCAGGCUUAUUUUCCUACAAUGUUUACAAGUGUUUUUUUUAGUGAAAUUUUAAUGGUAUUUGGAAUUUGCUGAGGCUGUGGAAGUAUAGGUGUAGAACUGUUUUCUAGUUAACUCAGUUUAAAUACAAAAUUUCUUAAAAUGGUGUGCAUGAUUCUGUGCUUUUAAAUUGGUGGUAUGAAGUUGUCAAUCUAUUAUCUAAAUCUUUGCUCUCUGAAGUCCUUCAUCAGUUAAUGAAUUGGUCUGAGUUUUGCAUAGCACUUUUCAUCCCAAAAGUCACUCUUUUUGGUCAUUCACUUAAAAUUGUGGGAUGGCUUGUCUACACUUUCUACCAGUGCUUGAUUUUUUAAUGUACAUUCCGUAAAAGCCAAUUAUUUGAACUUGUGUUUCUGUUUGUGGACUUCUUAAAUACCGCAUUAUGAUUUGGAAUCGCUGUGUAUAGUUUUCACCACUGAAGGUUGUAUGUUGUAUCCAUGGUACAUCGUGGACAACUUUACGUUAAUCACCGAAGAAGUACUGAGGAGAUCUGUUCUGAAUGCUGUUUAAAAACUGGGAUAAGAAUUCAGAGUUGUGAAAUUCAGAAAUGCUACAUAUUAAAUACAUCAUGAAGUAGCAGGGCAGCGGAUUUGAUUGUUCAAGACAUGAAGGUCCUAUGAGAAAAUUCUGCCUUGAAUUCUCCUUGCUUUUGGGCAUUGCUUUCACAUCUGGUGUGAAGAUACAUUAUAAAGUAUACUGGGUCUGGCUGGGAUGGAGUUAACGUUCUUCAUAGCAGCUGGUAAUGGUUCUGUGUUUUGGAUUUGUGGCUAAAGUUGACAACACAUCAGUGUUUUGGCUAUGACUGAACAGCACUUGCACAGUGUCAAGGCUUUCUCUUUUUUUUCCCACCGCUCUGCCACUCCAUCGAAUAUGCUGGGUGUAGGCAAGAAGCUGGGAGGGGACACAUCUGGGACAGCUGACCCAGGCUGACCAAAGGGAUAUUCCAUGCCAUGUAACAUCAUGCUCAGCAAAAACUGAGGUAGAGGAAGAAAAAGGUCUUUGUUUGAUAGCUUUGUUUUUUUGGGGGGGAGAUUUUUUUUAUUGGCUUCCAAAGCGGUGCCUGUUCGGAGUCAGGCUGGACAUCAGUCAGCCUUUGGGAGGUGGUGAGUGAUCUCCUUUGUUUCACAUUUUUCUCUUCACUGAUUUAAGUGUAUUUAUCUUUACACACAAGUUUUCUUUACUUUGUUCUUAUUUUCUUCCCCAUCCCGCUGGUGGGAACAAGGAGCGAAUGAUCAGCUGUGUGGAUGCUUGGCUGCUGGCCAGGGUCAAUCCACUACAGAAAUACAGAGAACAGAUGAUCUUUAGUGAAGUUACUAAAUAGGCAGUUGUUUUCAGCUGUGUUUACGAAGUGGUGAUGUAGAAAUGACGUAGAAUCCAUUAGUUACAGAAUUUGGGCUUUGCUCUCUUUUGCUAAGGUCAGGUGGAGUGAUAGUUACUGUUAUCAAUAGAUAACUUGGCAUCAGGAUCUAGUGCUUUGUGUUUGUUAUUGAGCAAGGAGUUUGUACAAGGGAUAUUCUCAAACACUUGUCAUUGGUGUGUUGGGCUCUUCUUUUAAAGGGAUAUAUCAUUUGCUACAGAAGCUUGUGUGUGUUCUGAGAGUACUGUGCUAUGUUAGAUAAUGUUGACAAUCAGGGUAUGUUUCAGCCAGUGUAUUGAAGUGAUUCUUGUUCUUAUGUUUGAAAGGCAGUAAACACAGAGGGGAAAAUACUGAAGUUUGCUUUGUAAAUUGAAGUACUCCCUGAAGUUUCUCCUGUUGGGCUAUUUCUGUUCUUUGAUUUGAUUGUCUUCACUGUGUACAUUAAGUGCAGUGCUGGACUGGUGAGUAGCAUACUCUGGUGGUGAACUUUGAAAGCAGGUGGAUUUCAGAAGAAGGGACAUGUCCUGUAAUCUUGAGAUGGAUUUAUGCAUCUUUCAAGGACUCAAAAGAAUUGACAGUAUACUGUCAGUCAGUUUCAUUUCAACAGUUCAGUGUGGCGCGAUUGAUGACCAAGUAAUCAUCGUGUUUUCAUCAUUUCCAGAAGUCAACUUAAAUUUUUAAUUUCUUUUGCUUCUAAAAUGGAAACGCAGAGAUGCAGUGUGUGGCAUCUUGGAACAUGGAAGGAGUUCUUCAUAGUGUCCCGAAUUUUGGGUUCAUUACAUGCUUGGCUUUAAUAUUAGCCACUGCUAUGGAUGAGCUGCAGCAGUUGUAGCACAGUAUGUAAAGUGAAGUACAGAUAUCAGCCAUUAAUUAUGUUUCAUUUUCUUUCCACAGUUAAGUUGAUUUUACAGAAUUUAUCAGGUCUUCAAAGCAGAAACAGGUGAUUUUUGCUGUGGGUUGAGCUCAGCAUGGCUGUAGUCAUCCGUUUACAGGGGCUUCCUGUUGUUGCGGGUCCUGCAGAUAUUCGUCGUUUCUUCUUGGGAUUGAAUAUUCCUGAUGGAGGUGUGCAUAUUAUUGGAGGAGAUAUUGGGGAGGCUUUUAUUAUAUUUGCAACAGAUGAAGAUGCACGGCGUGCCAUGAGCUGUUCAGGAGGGUUUAUCAAGGACUCGCGCAUAGAGCUCUUUCUCAGCAGCAAGGCAGAAAUGCAGAAUACCAUAGAAAUGAGCCGGAAACGAUUUGACCGUGGGGGACGAGAAACUAUGUCUGGUUCUAGAAGAACAGGUACUAAUGGUUCUGGUGCAUCAGGUGUUGGAGACAUUUCACAUUUAGUCACGCCUUUUCCAAAAGGAUUAAGUAAACCUGGUUAUGGUCCACCAAAUCAUCCAGAGGCUGGUUUCCAUACUAAUGGCACAAGACAUGGUGAUAUAGGUAUGCCUAAAUCAAACUAUCAGUCGAGAAAGGAUUCUCAUCCAUUUAACCCAGAUGAUCUUUACUUAUUUCUACGUGGUAUACCUUACUCUGCAACAGAAGCUGAAGUACGUGCUUUCCUUUCUGGGAUACGUGUGGAUGGAGUGAUUCUGAUAAAGCAUCGCAAUGGUUUAAACAAUGGUGAUUGCUUGGUAAAAUUUGCUACGCCUGGUGAUGCCUUAGAAGGACUUAAACGUCAUAGACAGUAUAUGGGUCAGAGGUUUAUAGAAAUUAGCCCAUCUACAGAGGAACGGUGGAUCGAAUAUGGUGGGAGGGUAGACAUGCCAAAUGAAAUAGAUGACUUCUUGUGCGAAGAUCGUUCUCCAAGAAGUUCAGGCUACAUGCAUUCAAGGAAGCAUUCUCAUUCAAGAUCACCAAGGAGACGAACACGUUCUCGUUCAUCUCCCAACCAUGAAUAUUACAUACACUUAAGAAAUCUAUCUGCUAAUGUGGAGAAGAGAGAUUUGAGAGCUUUUUUCCCCGAUGUGGAUCUAGGCAGCAAACAAAUAAAGAUUCUAACGGAUAAGCAUCAGAGGAGGACUAGAGAUGCCUUUGUGGUGAUAAGGAGUGAGAGAGAUUAUCAGGCUGCUUUGGAAUGUCAUAGAAAGGUUCUUCUCAAUCGUCCCGUUUACAUUUUUCCAAUUUCAAGAAAGUCAAUGUUGAAAAUAAUUGAUUCUUGUGAGAGGAAAAGAUCACAGGACAGAGAUCAUCCUGGACAGGCCAUACCGGAAAAAAGUUACCGGGAAGGUCAUUCUGGACCUAAGAUUUGUGUUUAUGUAAGGAAUUUUCCAUUUGAUGUGUCAAAAAUUGAAGUGCAAAAGUUCUUUGCAAGAUUUGAUAUUGAUGAAGAUGACAUUUACUUGCUUUAUGAUGACAAAGGAGUUGGGCUGGGAGAAGCAUUAGUGAAUUUUAAAUCUGAAGAACAAGCCAUGAAAGCAGAGAAUUUAAAUCGUCGAAGAUUCUUGGGAACGGAGGUAUUAAUAAGACUUAUAUCUGAAGAGCAGAUGCAGAAAUUUGGUGUAACUGUACCAUUAUCUGCACCAAAUGAAAUGCAGGGUCAUUCACAUCCAUAUGACAGGGGUGAGCUUUCUCGUCCAGUUGGUUCACCAUCUGGUCCGCCGCAAGGGCCACCCAUGCAUUCAUUUGGUCCCCCUGGGAACUUUAGGCAUCCUUCUGAAUUUAGGCACCCCCCUGAGGACUUCAUGUGCCCUCCUAAGGAUUUCAGAGCUCCGCCACCCCUCAUGGAUUUUGGUGGUGACAGUGAACCUUUUGGCAGAAUGGAGUUUGGGAAUAAUAAAAUGGGAAAUUUUCCUGAAGGAAGAUUUAUGCCGGAUCCGAAUUUCAGUGGUGGUUCUGAACGUGUUGUUCCUAUUCGAUUGAAAAAUUUACCUUUUAAAGCUACUCCUAAUGAGAUUCUGGAUUUUUUCUAUGGCUACCGUGUGAUACCAGAGUCGGUUUCUGUACAGUACAACGAACAAGGAUUACCUUCAGGUGAUGCCAUCGUUGCUAUGACAAACUAUGAGGAGGCUAUGGCUGCUAUUAAUGAACUGAAUGAUAGGCCAAUUGGUCCACGGAAAGUGAAGUUGAGCUUGCUGUAAAGGAGGAAAAGAUGCUCUAGAAUAAAACAUUCUAGAUUUGACAGUAUUGGCAGUUAUUUUCACUUUUUUUAAUUACUGGAAGAUGCAGAAGAAAGUUCCCAUCAACGGUUGUAAAUAAUAUCUAGUUCAGUUGUUUAGCUCUUGGUUGAAGUAUCUGUAUGGUUAAGAUAUGAGAACUGUAUUGUGCCUACUUCUUGUGGCAGAGAAGAGCCCAGAGAUUCUGGAGGACACUGAAUGUCUUACAUCAAGGUAUAAAGACAUGGAGUUGUAAUGCUUUGGGUUGUUUGGGUUUUUUUUUUAGUUUGCUUUAAUUCCAUGUCCCAUGACUUUUCACCAAAUAAAAAUGUGCUGGUUGACUACACAAACGGUUCAAAUAGUUCAGUGCUACCUGCAUUAGUAAAUAACUUUUUUUUUUUUUUUUUUUUGUAUAAACUGUUCAGGUUUUGUUCGGUUUCAUGUGUUUGCAGGCAUUCCUAUUAAAAGAAGAAAAAAGCUGUUCACAUUUAGCUGGCUUUGCAAUUUUUUUAAAUAAAAAAAAUUUCCAUUAAAUGUGUGUCUUAUAUUUAAAACCUUUAUAGUUAAUGAUCUCAACUAUUAAUGCUCAGCAUACGUGGUGAGAAUGAUGCUGGCUACUUCCUCUGGAAAGAGCGAACUACUAGAGUUUGUCAACACAGAAAUAAAUAGGUAGUUUACAAAGACUGCAAAAUCUGUAUUAAUCCAUUGGAUAGGCGUCCUUGUUCUUCCCACUCACUGUAGUACGUUGAGGCAGAAAAUCAAUGUUGGAAUUAGAUCAAGAAUUCUGACUUCAGCCUGAGAUUUUACAGUGGUCUUUGUUUUAUCUCCACAUGCUCAUAAUAUGGAUAUUAACUUACUAAUGAUGUCUGGAUACAUUCCAGGUCAAUCUCUGAUUAGUUUUAACUAACACCUGUCACUGGCAACCAAGCUGACAACCAACUAUGUUAUUUUCUUAUGUCAGUAUUUAGAAUGCUUUGAUUGGUUUGGUACCAGCAUAUUUUAAUUUGCAGGAAGAAAUAAAAGCUAGCCUGUUCUGAGGAAAAAGUGUAUCUUCAACAUUUAGGCUUAGUAGGAAACUUUGGUUGUGUGGAUAAGGACUUUUGUUGAUACUGCACCUGGAGUACUAAAGAAUUUAAUGAAGUUUUAGUCCCCUCUCAGACUAAGACAACAAAGUUGCAACUUGGUAAGACAACUUGUUUUAACCUUUGCUUGGGCAAUACAAAAAAUUAAUAGAUUCAUAGAGCAGUUGAGAUUGGACUAGAGACCUCCAGGUCCCUUCCAACAAACUUCUCAAAGCAGCGUCAGCUAGAACAGGUUUUUCAAGGCGCUGUCCACUGGAUUUUUUAAUAGCACUAAGGCUAGAGACUCCACAGCCUCUCUGGGCACCCUAGUCCAGUGACUAUAAUCACUCUCACUGAUGGUCAAACCUCAAUUACUUUAUGUAAAGUUAUCUUUGUUACUAAACUUCCAUAUAAACUCUUAAGUAGAAGCGAACAAAUUCAAGAGAAAUUUGCUUGGUUCUGUAAUUUUUAAAAGGCUAGUGUAGCUUUAGUUCUUCUGCAUAUUGUCUGCCCUCUGUUUUAAGUGCUAGGAAAAAAGCAUUUUGAAUGAGAAUGAUAAUACCAGGUCUGUAUAUGUAGAUUCCUCUGAGCAAAGAAACAUAAAUGUGGCUAAAUUUUCAAAUUCUGAACACUUACAUACCCUUUUUUUCUGUUAGAAAUCAGCUUCAGGAGCAUACUGGUUUGAAUCCUCUGAAUUCAAGUGGAAUUAAAAUAAAACCCAACAAAUUUGUGUUUUUAUUUCACAGCUGCUAUAAAAGAUCAAGGAGCUGGAAGAUGUCUCAGGGAAAAUAAAGAUGUGUUGUAAGAAUCCCAAAAUAAACCUGUCUGACCUAAUCAUGCUGGUGAAAACUUCAUUGUGAUUAUUUUUGUAAGCUAACAUCAUAUUUACUACUAAUUCUUGCCUCCGUAUUACUAGCUGUGUUGCAAAUGUGAAUGCAAGUAACUUUGCCGGUUACUCAGCUGUAGAGGAUUUGUUGAUUUUAAAGUUCUUCUAGCCACUACACAGCAGGAGAAUUCAAACACUGAAAAUAAAGUGGUAAACUUUUUACCAUGCUUCUAGAGUAGUGCUGGAUACACACAUGAAUUCUUGUAAUGA